AUGACAAUGCACACCACUCUUGAGAAAGAUGAGAUCUCAGCAAGUGACCUGAAUGCCAUAACCUCUAUUUUCAAAACCUUUUUGCGAGACAUAGAUUACAAGCCGCAGGCGAUACAGGACACCAACGUGCAGCUCGAAGAAGCCAUGUACAACGAGAUGCAUAACCUUGGUAUUUGUUGCGAUCAGCUAGAAAGAACGCUUCAUUUGGCCGCUAGCUAUGUUGAGAUUAUUUAUCAAGACUGUAACCUCGCCGAAAAAAUAAUCAUAGCGAAGUUCACCUGGUAUAUGAUUUACAUCGACGACAUGGUCUCCAAGGACCCCACUCCCGUCGUGGCCUUCCAAGAGCGCUUUUUGCGCCGUCAGCCGCAGUUGGAUCCUGUGCUCGAUGCAGCUGCCGAAGUUUUCAUGAGAAUAUAUCAGUACUAUGAUGCAUACGCAGCCAACUGCAUCAUUACCAGCGCACUUGAAUUCCUCACCUUCUUCUCAGUCGAAGCGAAGAUCCAGGAAUUUCCCCUGGUCCGUAAGGCCCAUCGGUUCCCGUGGUUUUUGCGCGAACGUACUGGCGUAGCAGAGGGAUUUGCCUUCCUUAUGUUUCCCAAGAGACUUGGUGUUGAUAUCAUGGAAUAUAUACAAGCCAUGCCGGACAUGGUGAUAUGGAUAGAUCUGGCGAAUGAUCUACUGUCAUUUUACAAAGAGGAGCACGCGGGAGACUCAGCCAACUACAUCCAUACACGCGCCUUUGUCGAAGAGAAGGCCCCGAUACAAGUACUCGAUGAAGUAGCGAAUGACCUGCAUUCCUCGGCAUCUUCCAUACUCGCAACUAUCACUCAAUGCCCCAAAGCGAUCCGGGCCUGGAGAUUCUGUCAAUACGGCUACGUUCAUUGGCAUCUAUCUCAAGACCGCUACAAGUUAAAAGAUCUAGGCUUAUAA